UUCUGGCAAAACGUUAGAGGAACUAGCUAUGGCCACAGUUCAUCCAUCACUUUUGCUGUUGUUGGUGUUUGAUUCUCUUUCCAGCUCGACACUCGGCGUCAUGAAUGCUUCAGAACCUUUCCUGCGGACCUUCUCUGGACACGUUCUGACAGAAGGAGACGCCGACGACUUGGACCUGUCCGUGUUGGACGGCGAUGACGCAGGUUCUGGGUCCGAAUCCCAGCUUGAAGCUGUGAGAAGACAUCCGGGCCUUCACCCUCCUCAUCACAAGCACUACUUUGUGUCGGAGGAGGUCAAGCGUUUCCUGCAGGGUUGCUUGUCCACGGCCUUCGUCCCGGCCGUCUACACCGUGGUCUUCGUCGUCAGCGUGCCUCUCAACCUGCUCGCCGCCGCCAUCUUCCUUCAUCCGGUCCGUCCCAGGAAGCCCGCGGUCAUCUACAUGUUGAACCUGGCCUCUGCAGACCUACUCUUCGGCUUGCUCCUCCCCUUCAAGGUGGCCUACCGUUACCAUGGCAACAACUGGACCUACGGCGCCUUCAUGUGCAGGGUGGUGACGGCCGCCUUCUACUGCAACAUGUACUGCUCGGUGCUGCUCAUGGCGUGCAUCGGCUUGGACCGCCUCCUGGCUGUCGUCUACCCCAUGAAGUCGCUGACGUGGCGCAGCCCGCAGACGGCGUGGGCCACGUGCGCCGCCGUGUGGCUGCUGGCCGUGGCCGGCGCGGUGCCUCUUUUAGCGACGGUUCAGACGGCGCACCUGCCCCAACUGCGCAUCACCACCUGCCACGACGUGCAAGACGCAAUCGAACUCCAAUCAUAUUAUCGCUACUUCUUCCCCGUCUACUCGUCGGUGUUCUUCUUCAUCCCCCUCGUCCUCACCGCGGCGUGCUACGUGCGCAUCAUCCACGCCUUGGCGGCCGCCAACAUCGAGAACCGCUCCAAAAAGACUCGGGCGGUGGUGAUGGCGGCGAUCGUCCUGGUGGUGUUCGUGGUGUGCUUCACCCCUGCCAACGUGAUCCUCAUGAUCCACUACGUCGACGUUGCGCACGCCUUUAGCGGCGACGCAUCCUACCGGGCCUACCUGCUCGCCACGUGUGCGGGGAGCCUCAGCUGCUGCCUGGACCCGAUGCUUUACUACUUCGGUUCGUCUCAGUGCAGGAAGCGGGUGGUGGCGCUGUUUGGACGCCGGCGUCCGCAUCAGAACGCGAGCAGCAUGCGCACGGAGAGUACCAGAACCAGCAGUCGCAGGGACAGCAGCAGGCCAUGCAAGAUGGAGGUUGGUCAAAGUGGGUCUGGGGGUCAGACUCAGUACAGCAUGCUGGACACUUGACGAGGUUUAUUUGUGUCUCGGUGGGACAGCAAGGAACACAUUUAUUUACUGAAUAAAAUCGAUGUUGUUGCCUUUGUAACAUUUGAUUUGGUAUGUUUGUAACCGGGUCAAUUAUGUCAUGUAAAUAUAAUGUAUUUUAUAAUGUUGUAUUAGUGUUAUAAUUACACAAGAUGUGUAAGUUACAUGAAAAUGCCUGAAGGUUGUUUGAUGUUUUGUCAAUAUGUGGAACCAUUGUCUUGUCGUGUCCCUCGUACUGCAAUAAUUGUUGUGACACCUGCUUAUUUAUUUGUGUUGGACACGCCCUUCUACUUCCCUUUUAUCCACGAUAUCAACGGGAGAGGUAGGAGUCCAUGCGACGACAGAAAAGUGUAUUUGUCUCAUUAAGAACUUGUCUUAAGUUCACUAUUUCCUGUUCUGUAUUAUUAAGUUUGUGUAGUGGCUCGACUAUUGGCAGAAAAAAAUUGACAACGUCUGUAGUUCCUGCAUCGUCAGAUGCAUUAACACAAGUGAAGUGCAGCUGAGCAGCGACCCCUGGUGUCGGUCGUGUUCAUUAAAUUCUACACACAACGCAGAGGAAAAGAACACCGGCUACAUCUUACUCCUAUUUAUGUAUGGCAAGUACUUUGUCAGGCAUGAAUUCCUAUUUACAUAUUAUUGAGACCUAUUGCGUCAUAUUACUGUUAUUUUCAAGUAACACAUUUAUUAUAUUUUAUUUUAUUCGGUCCCCAGUCAUUUCACUAUCGUUUCCGUGGGCCCGAAUAUAGAACGGACGAGGGAGGAGCUAAAAAAGCGCGGGAGACGAGAAGAGGCGGCUGUGCUGUGUGUGUGAAAAAUAAAGU